AUGCUUGGCCAUCUCCGGCGAUCCUCCGGCAUUCUGCGCCGCCUACCGAUCGCCAGCUUCGCUCCCUCCGACCCUGCCACUGCAUACUCGGGAUGGAGUUUACACGCCGAGUCACUCUCGUUUGUUUCAUGUUGGUGCGGCAAGCAUGCUACCAGGAAUUUCUCUACAGAUGAUAAAGUUACCAAUGGUCGUCGAGGGUAUCGGCAAAAGGAGUUGAAGAAGCCAAGUACGGCCGUGAAGGAUAAUGAUGCAAUCAUUGAUCGCAUACAAAAGAGCACAAGGGGGUUGAAAAAAGGGCCGGUUGGGCACACCCUUUCAUCAGCAGAAAAAAGGAAAUUCCUUACCAACACUCUUCUUGAUCUUGAAGACUCAAAAGAAGCUGUUUACAGCACCCUUGAUGCAUGGAUCGCCUUUGAGCAGGACUUUCCACUCGCCUCAUUAAAGCAAGCAAUUGUAGCUCUUGAAAAGGAGGAACAAUGGCAUAGAAUUGUCCAAGUAAUAAAAUGGAUGUUGAGCAAAGGGCAAGGAAAUACCAUCAGAACAUACGAGCAAUUAGUGCGUGCACUUGAGAAGGACAACAGAGCAGAGGAAGCACAUAAAAUUUGGGAGAAGAAAAUAGCCCAUGACCUGCAUUCAGUUCCUUGGCGUUUCUGCGGUCUUAUGUUGGCAAUUUACUACAGAAACAAUAUGCUAGAUAGGCUUAUCAAGCUUUUCGGUGCCCUUGAAGCAUGUGGUCGCAAGUGUCCUAGUAAAGAAUAUAUACGGAAAGUUGAAGUUGCAUAUGAAAUGCUUGGUCUAUUAGAAGAGAAGAAGGAUUUGCUUGAAAAGUACAAGGAUUUGUACAAUAAGCCAUCAAAUAGUGAUAGAAAGAAAGAUCGACGGUUCAAGAAGGCUGAGAAGAAAGCUGCUGAUGAUGGCAGCAAACAAUUGGAGAUGGAAACAUCUGAAAACUUACCAGUUAAUUCAUGCCCUUCAGAUAAGGAACUGGUUGCCAGCAGUGUCAAGAUAAGAAAUACAACACCGAUGGUGAGAUCAGUAUCAGACAAGAACGUGAUGCAGCUAGUAAUCUGUACCAGUAACACUUACUGGGCCAGCCAAUAG